CGAGAGCGGAAGUAGCGUCACGCCGCGACUCCAGAACCUUUAGGACAGGCUUUGACUCUUCCUCCACUUAAGCUGCGCUGAGGGAAGGGUUAAGGCUUCCUGCUACUUAAAGUUUCUCUAUCGAAUGGUAGCCGUAGAGGAGACAUGACGGGGAAGAAGUCCUCGCGGGAGAAACGACGCAAACGGGGCCGGUCGGAGACCGCUACGUCCACAGCGCCCAUCCCGGCAGGCGGGGAGCGACGGAAGCGGAGAAGCACUGACUCUACGAGUCUCCCACUCCCCCAGCCACAGGAAAUGAAAUGUCCAUUGCCAUCCAUGGAAAGAGAGAAAGAGAAAGAAUUAGAGGAGCCUAGUGAUAUUGAAGAAGGUGGAUUAGACCUCACUGUAUCACUAAAACCAGUUAGCUUCUACAUAGCAGAUAAAAAAGAAAUGCUUCAGCAAUGUUUCUACGUCAUAGGAGAGAAGAAAUUGCAGAAGAUGCUUCCUGAUGUAUUAAAGAACUGUUCAAUAGAAGAAAUUAAAAAGCUCUGCCAGGACCAGUUAGAACUUCUUUCAGAAAAAAAACUCUUGAAGAUUCUUGAGGGUGAGAAUGGGAUCGACUCUGAUACGGAAGAAGAAGCAGAUGAUGGAUCUAAGAUGGGAUCAGAAUCAGUCAGUCAGUACUCCUGCAGUCCCUGUGGCCAGGACAUUUUUUUCUCCGAGGCUUUACCUGGAUUUGUUGUGGGGUCGCUAUCCUCUUCGGGUUUUAGCCCCUGGGCAUCUCUCAAACCAAGCCACAAGAUGGGGCAGUAUUCUUACUUUUUGAAAGAAUGGCAAGACAACAGUGUAGAUUCUACCUCAUCCCUGAGGGAGAACAAGCAACCUGAAGGUUUGGAAUUAAAACAAGGCAAAGGUGAAGAUAGUGAUGUACUCAGUAUCAAUGCUGAUGCAUAUGACAGUGACAUAGAAGGACCGUGCAAUGAAGAAGCAGCUGUGCCAGAUGUACCAGAAAAUGUCAAAAGUGAAGCUGGUCAAAUAGAUGACCUCCAGAAGGACAUUGAAAAAAGUGUGAAUGAAAUACUGGGACUGGCAGAAUCUAGCCCAAAGGAGUCUAAAGCAGCAGCACUGACUGUCCCUCCCUCAGAAGAUGUUCAGCCUUCUGCACAGCAGCUGGAGCUCUUGGAACUUGAAAUGAGGGCCAGGGCGAUUAAGGCCCUGAUGAAAGCUGGUGAUGUUAAAAAAAUAGCUUAAGCUUUACCGGAGGUGUGAUGCUGAAUGUAUCCAUCAAAUUAAAGAUAGGUUGCAGUAGCCUUGUAAUUUGAUUUCAUUCUUUCACCAUGUAAUUACAGUGCUCAUUGUAAGGAUGGUUCUGAUUGUAUAUUGCUUAGAUAGUGGCUACUCUGGUCUAUAAGCUUUUAUCAGUUCUCAUAUCUUUGUUGAAUCUUGUUUUCUACUCACAAGUGAUUCUAUACUAAUUCCAGGAGUGAAUUUUUAGGUUCAUUCCUAUUUCUGAGAUGUUUUAUUUGUUUUUCUUUCUGAAGCUAAUGCCAUAUAGAUGAUCAACCAAAGUCAAUUCUUAUUUUUCUAUAAUAUAUUGGAAAUUUCAUAGUGUCCUAGAUGAUCAGAUCAUAGUUAAGAGUUGGAAGGAAUAUGACAUUUUAUCUAGUCCAAGCCUGCUGAGGCCUAGGAAGUAAAGUGAAUUCUCUAAGGUACACAGUCAGUAUUUGAACUCAAUUUCUGAUUUCAAAUCCAGUGUCCUUUUGACUUUACCAAGUUGUUUUCUAUAAUAUCUUUUUCUAGGGAGCAAAAUUCACAAUAAGGUGGGUCCAUCUUUGAUUCUAUUCAAGUUUGUUAUUUUCAAAGCUGCUGAAAUGUGGAAUGAAACUUAUCACAUAGCCACUUUAGCCUCUCAAACCUAGUCAUGAACCUUUAGCUCUUGAGCUAUUUCAAUUGGAAUGAGUUAGUCCAUGUUAAUCCAAAUUUAGGCCGCAUCUCUAAGUUCAGAUUUAUUUGAAAGGGGGAAAAAAGAAUGGAAAUGCACUAAAACUACAUAAAAGUACUCUAUUAAAUAUUUUUAUUAUGAAAGUUGAUUGUGUAAAUAGAAGUUGAGUGGAUGUCUACUCUGAAACCACCCCUGUGAAGUAUUGUUUUAGGACUUGUGGAGGCUCAUAAACUGUAUUAUUUGGAAUUAAUUAUGGGUUAAAACAGAUUAUAAUGUAAAGGACGCAUGUAAAUAGAAAGGGAAAAGGGAUCGUGUGAAACAUAGUCCAAGGGUUCAAGAUUCUAAUUUAAUACACAAAUCCAAAUUCUGAUGUAUAUUUAUUAACUAACCCAUGCUUAUUAUAAGAGGUUUGAAGGAGGGCAAAUAAAAACUAGCUGGAAUGUGAAGAUUGGCCUCACACUAAGACUUUGUACAACUUAGAAUUUGGGGAAAUAUAGCAACUUAAAUUUGAACCAAUAUGAUUGAAAAAAAAUUUUUUAAACCCAUACCUUCCAUCUUAGAAUCAGUUAAUACUAUGUAUAGGUUCCAAGGCAGAAGAGGGUUAACGGCUACGCAGUGGCAGUUAAGUGAGUUGCCCAGGGUCACACAGCUAGGAAAUGUCUGAGGUCAAAUUUGAACCCAGGACCUUCUGUCUCUCUAGCCCGAGCUCUCAUUUCACUGAGCCACCUAGCUACCCUCAAGAUGUAUUUUUUUUUAAAUUAAAAUGGAAAUGAAAACACGAGAUUUGAUUUUAAGAUGGAGGAUAAGGGUUUUUUGAGGAAAAAUAGCAUUGUGAUAUUUAAGUGUUAUUUCAAUUUUUUUUUAACCAAUAGGCAGUAGAGUGUGUUAUUUGGAUGGCUUUAAGAUAUAAUGAAGGUUUAUUCUAUAAAUGAGACAAGAAAAGUAAUUGAAGUUGUUGGGAAAAAAAAGAAAAGAGUUCCAAGAAAAAAGCAUGUUAAGAUUUCUUAAUCAGAAACUGUUUUGGAUUGAUAAAAAUAUAUUAUAUAACUAUGCACAGUUGAUUUUCUAUAAUUUUGGAAUUCUAAGCUUUUUUGUGAUGUCUUAUGUAAUAAGCUACACAGAGAAGGCUCUUGGAUUGAUUUAUUAGAUUUCAAAUGUUUUGAUUUGCAAUUUAAUUUUUGGAUCUAUUGAAAUGUAGUCUUAGAAUUUUUAUCACACAAUUUAGUAGUUUAUGUCAAAAGCAUAUUUGUAUGUAAAAAAAAGCAUAACUGAAUUAUUAUAUAAUCUUUAGAUCAUUUGUUUUAUUUUUUACUAGCUUAAAUUUUUAAAAACUUAUUUUGUAUGCUAAGAACCAAAUUCUAUUAUGUUUGAAAUAUAUGUGCAUUUUGAUUGGCUUGAAGGUAAAUAUAUCAUGACUUUUCUAAUAGAAAAGGAAUUCAGUUUCAUCAAGUAAACCUUUGCUUUCAUUUGAAAAGAACAUAUUUUUAGUGUUGGUUAUCAAUAUGCAUUUAUUAAGUGCCUACUAUGUUCCAGGAACAGGGGAUCAAAAUACAAAGAGUGAAACAUUCCCUACUGUCAAGAAAUUCAGAUGUAGCAGAUAUUUCUGUCAAGGACUCUGGGAAUUUGGUAGAGAGCAAUAAUUUAGACUUUUGUCACCUUUUAAAAAGUUUUCCCCCCUGUGAAUAAUCCAAAGAAUUCUUGAUUUUAAAAAUACCUACUCUAUUUGCAUUUUACCAAGGGAUUUUUUUUUGCCUAAGGUGAUGAGGUUACAAAAGUUUAGGUAAGAGUUUUUGCCAUUUCCUUAAAUAAUAAUAGGACCUGCUUUCUACUAAUAUAUUAGUAUAUAAUGACAGAAUUUUAAAAGAAGACAUAUUAGCAAGAUUUAGAAAUUGCUAAUAGUUUUACUUAGGCCAUAUAAUGCCUUGACUUUGUUUUAAUCUCUCUGCAAAUGGCAACUGAAUGCACAAUUUCUUAUUGUAAUAAAGUUCAUUUGAGGGCUAAACAGCUAUAUAAUGACCUGUGAAUGGGGGAUUAUAUAUUAGUAAAUAUUAAGAAAAGGAAUAUAGUUUUAAAAGCAUACAGAUACCAAACUAAAAUCUGAUUAUGAACUACUAUAGCUUAGUUACUCUAAUAUAAACCUUCAUGUUUAUUGCUAAGUCAAUCUAUAAUAUGUGGAAGGAGAAAAAAUGUUUAUUAUGUUUGCUUUAUUUAUGACCAAAUUUAAAUGUUAAAAUACUGCAAUUUUUUUGGUCAAGUUUCAUGUUUUAUGGUUUUUUUCUGCCAUUAAUAUUAAAAUAUGUAAACGGGAUACAUAAAAGGUGAAGAAAACUCUGAAGCCUGUAAAAAGGUUUUUGCUGCAUACCAGUUAAUCAAACUGAUGCUGUAGUCAGAGAAGGAAAGAACCAAAGAGCAUAACUGUAAAUAUUGCAUGGUUAUUAAACUAUGGAGGACAAGUAAUCAUCUCUGUUUUUUAAAAAAUGCAAGUUCACAUGACAUACUGUCUUUUUAAAUGUAUGUAUGAUAAGAGACCAUUUUUUUCAAUGUGAUCUUUAUACUUGUGGUACCAGAACUUCAGUGCAAAUUUUAAGUUAGAUGGCAAAAUGGUUCUAUGACAUAUUAUAGCUUAUCAGAAAGCUGUGUUUAAAUGAAAUCACACCCAUCUUAUUUAUAGAAGUUUUUCUUUUAAUCUUCAACUUGUAUCAACAAAAACUGAUUUUAUUGCCACCGCUUAAACAUCAGUGGUCAUUUGAAAACUGAUUUCCUUUUUCCCUCCUCUACAAAAGAAUCAGCCAAGCUUGGAGGGAAUUCCACCUUGUCCAUCUGUGCCCCAGAUUGAUUCCCAUGACAAUAGAUCUGACUUAUGUUUGGUCAGUUUCUUGAAAACUUCAAGUGAAGAAGAACCUACGUCCUGAAACAACCUGUUUCCAACUUUUGAUUAGCUCUAAAUUAUAGGAAGCUUUGUCUGAUAUCACGUCUAAAUCUGCCUCUAAUAUUUCUAUCCAUCGUUUGUGAAAAAUAUAGUAAGUCUAAUUCUACUUCCACAGGAUGAUCCAUCAAAUACAUAAAAACUUUAUUAACUGCCCAACCGGAGUCUCUGGGAAACAUCCCCAGUUCUUGCAGUCAUGUAGCAUGAACUUAAGACCUUUCAUUGAUGUUACUCCCUUCUGGACCCUUUUAGUUUAUCAAUGCUCUUCUUAAAACUGUGGCCCUUACCAGUCUUCUGCCUUGGAGCCAAUACACAGUAUUGACUCCAAGACGGAAAGUAAGGGUUUAAAAAACAAAACAAAACAAAAAAACAAACUGUGGUUCCCCAAAUUGAACACCGUGCUGAGAAUGAGGGUAGAAACUCUCAUGCUUCCUAGAAGAUGUACCUCUUAUAUAACCUAAGAUCAAAUCAGUGUUUUGUGUUGCCAUACCAUCCUGCGGACUCAUUUAAUAUUGCAGUCCAUGAAAACUCCAGAUUGUUUUUCAGGCAAACUUCUUUCUAACCACAACUCUUUGAUCCUGUAAAUGUGAAGUUGAUUUUUUUCAACCAAAUACAUUUAUCUGUAUCCAAUUUCAUCUGAUUAUAUAAGUUAAGCCCAUUUUUUUUUCUAGCCUUUUGGAUUUUGACUGCAUUAUAUUUAUGCUUUUAUCUAAAUCACUGAGAACAUAUUAAGCAUCUGGACUGCUUUAUUGCUCACAGAUGACAUGAGUGAGAUGAGUCACCAACUCUUCCUUCUAGUGAGCUAUGGGCAACUUUAUCAGUCUUGCCAUUUAUCUGGCUACUGCCUACUAAGAUCCUUCAGCCUUUAUUAUUUGUCCUGCUUCUACAUUGUCCACACCCCUAGUACUGUCAUUCUCCUCCUGAUAUGCCUUAAGGACCCCUAGGACUUGCCAUCUCUCACUGAUGAACUUUUUCUUUAAACCCUUACCUUUCCUUAGAAUCAAUAUUAUGUAGUGGUUCUGAGGCAAAAGACUGGUAAGGGCUAGAAAAUGGGGGUUAAGUGACUUGCCCAGGGUCACACAGUUGGGAAGUGACUGAGGCCAGAUUUGAUCUGGUCCUCUUCCUGCCAGACUUGGCUCUCCAGACUUCCCUCAAGAGUUAGCUCUCAAUUCAUGGAGCCAACUAGCUGCCUCAGAGCUGAACUUUUUUGUGCCUCUGAUUUAGGGAGUAAGCUUCUUGAGAACAAAGACUAUCUCAUAAUUGCUGUUUGUAUUCUCAGUGUUCAACAGUGCUUGACAUAUAGUAAAUAUUUAAUAAUUUUUUAUUCAUUUAUUUGCAUACCCUUACAAGGGACCUCCUGCAAAGUUUAUAUGGAACCAUUAAUGAUUGCUCUGACUGACCAUUUGACCCAGUAGCAAAUCAAUCCAUUUGUAUUUUCACAUAGUUUACUCUAUAUUUUCUAGAGGAACUUUCUAAUAUACUUUACUAAAAUCUAGGUAAGCUAUAUCUAAGACCUUCUGAUUUAUGAAAUUUCGUAACCAUGUCAAAACAGGAACUAAGAUUCUUGAAGGUCUAGUUUUGAUGAAGUAGUUUUGUUUUUGAGUCUGUAUAUGUGUGCUCAUCAUUUUUCUAGUUGUUCAUUAACCAUAUCUUUAAUAGUCUGUCCUAGAAUCUCAGGAAUUGAAAUCAAGUUCAUUGGCCUAUAUUUUGCAAAUUUUAUUCUCUUAUUUUGAAAGUUGGGGGCAUUUGUCCUCUUUAGUCCUGCAGUACCUCUCCUCUUCCCAAAAUCUUGGUAGCUGUUGACAGUAGCACAGUAAUGACAUCCAUCAGUUCUUUUAGUACUGGAUAUAAUAUGUAGUUCAUCUUAGAUAGGUGCCUUGAAUUCAUCAGUGUCAACUAACUACCCUUUUAUGGCUCCUUAUUUUUCAUGACAGCCAACUCCCUAUCGUUUCUGUCUUGUCAUUUCAAGUGUAAAUGUCUUCUCAUAGGACAAAAUUUUUUAAAAAUUGUGAGUUUAUACCUUUUUUCUGUUGUCAGUUAUCCAUCCAAGCUAAUGUCCUAUCUCUUUUUCUCCAAAUAUAACUUAAAAAGCCCUUUUUUAUCAUCUUUAAUUUUCCUUGCUAACCAUGACUUGUUCUGAACUUCAGUAUUCCUUACACUAUUUUUAUAGGACUGGACCUCAAUCUUACAAUAAAUCCCUGUUGCUUCACUUUGCUUCCAUUUUCUGUAUGCUUAUCUUUAAAGUCCAUGUUGGUUGGCACAUACACUUAAGUUUUUUUAGACAAAUCUCACUUUUCCUUUUCAAUGGAAUUUUCCUUUUAUAUCUUCAAAUUUUCAUUCCUGAGCAUUUCCCCUCCCUUCUGGAUUAACUCUCCUAUAGCAUUUUAGCCUUUGGAAUCCUACCCAUUCUCUGAAUCAAUUGAAAUCUACUUUCUCAGACUCGAUGGAAUGUCAGGUUUUCCUCUCCUCUAUCAUAAACUUUAGGAUGGUGUGGUCACUUCCCCCCUAAAGUUCUUAUUGUUUUUACUACCAGCAAUCAAUUACUUCCUGUUAGAAUCAAAUCCAGAAUAUAAUUUUCCCUUGUAGGAUCUUUCAUCUUUUGAAGGCUGAAUUGAACUAAAAGCAAGUCUGGAAAUUAGUAACAACAACCUGGGAGGUAGAUGCUUUUAUUGUCCCCAUUUUACAGAUGAGGAAAAUAAGGCAAAUAUAGAGGUUAAAUGACUUGCAGUGUCACACAGCUACUCUACUGAGUGUGCAAGACCUGGUUUGAAUGCAGGUCUUCCUGAUUUGUACUCUAUCCACUGCUACAUCUAGCUGCCUAUUCUGCUUGUUCUCAGUUUUGCUUUCUGCCUCUGAUUUCUUGGACUUUCUCACAAGUAUAUCUUAAUACUCAGUGCUACCUUGACUUCCCUUUUUCCUUUUGUUUCUUUAGCUCAGCAGACUCAAGAAGAGGGGCACUCUUUAAUACUGACAUCAUUACACAUAGGGAUUCAGUUACAUAAAAUUAUAAAUAAUAUAAUAUGCAAAAGUAAAUGCUUUAAUUAAAAUUAACAACUUAAAAGUAAUUGUAAAAUUUCACAUGACAGCUGGAAGGGAUAGGGAAACAUUGGAUAACAGUAUCGACAUCCAAAAGGAUCCUGACAGGAUAAAGCAUUCAGCUAAUAAAAUUACAUUCAGUAAGGAUAAAGGACAAGUCUUGAACCUCAGUACAAAGACAAGGAAGGUACAGACAGCAGUUUUACAUACUGGGUGUUUUAGUUUUACAUACCACUAACAGUAUGAGUCAACAGAGUCAUGUGGCAGCUCAAAGAAAAAGGACCAAAGGACUUGAGGCAAUCACAAAAUUCUCUUAGCUCUUCAGCCCUGCACCCAAGACCUACCCCUCUUUCUUGAACUUCUGUUCCUCACUCAGGAAAAUCCAUUUCUCUACCAUGUGCCUUUGCACCAGCCAUCCCUCAUGUCUGGAAUUCAUGCCUUCAUUUCACCCUCAGAAUCCUUUCAAUCCUCACUUCAAAUACCACCUGAUACACAAAGCUGUUCCACAUCCCUCCAAUUGCUAGGCCCUCCCUAAUUUCCUUAGAUUUAAUGCUUUUGUAUUUAUUUUGCAUUUAUCCUCUUUGUACAUAUUGUUUUCUCUGAUAGUAUUAAUCUACCAGCAAACCUCUUUUAGCACCUGCUGCUUGCCAGGACCUGUCCUAGGUGCUAGAGAUAUGAGAACAAAAAAUGAAACAAUCUGUCUUCUGAAGAAGCUUACCUUCUAGUGAGGGAAACUAAUUCAUAUAAAGGUAUACACAAAAAACAAAUACAAAAUGAAGAAUACUUGAGAGUAGGUGUUGUUUACUUUUUUUCUUUUUGUCCCCAAUGCCUAGUACAGUGACUGACACAUACGCAGCUGUUGGACUAUGUGGCAUGCAACGUGAUUGAAGAUGGAAAUUUAUUAGCCAGAUUUGAACAAAAUUUGAUUAAAUGGCUUAGAGACUGAGUGCCCAAACUGUACCUUCAUGCUGCAUGUGAACCUCCCACCUACCCCAGGCAAGGGUGGGAAGAAGUACUUCAUUAGGUUGCUGGGCAGAGGGGCAGGUGAUGAAAGAAAUGUCCUCAGGUGCUUGUGGAGAGCUGUGAUGGGAGCAGCCUCCUCCCACACAUGUGCCAUAGGGUUUGCCAAAAAUGGUCAUAGGGAAUGGAAAGAUGAGUGGUAUGAUUUAGUAAAGUGCAGUCAAUAAUGUACUUCUUAAAAUUUUUUUUCCAUGUUCUCUCUCCCCCCAUAACCCUUCCCCAAGAGGAAGAUAAUAUGACAUAUGCUAUAUAUGUUAUGCAAUACAUAUUUCCAUGGUUACAUUGUGAAAGAAGACACAUGUCACCCUAGAGAAAAAAAUUCAUGAAGGAAAUGAAAUGAAGAAUUGCAUGCUUCAAUCUGAAUUCAGACACUUUUAGAUCCUUCUAUGGUGGUAGAGAGCCUUUUUCUGGAUCUUUGCAUUCCUGAUAAUUGUUAAAUCAUUCACAGUUGAUCUUUGUACUUUAUUGCUAUUAUCAUGCAUAAUGUUCUCCUGGUUCUACUAACUUCACUUUGCAUCACAUUAGAUAAUAAAUCUUUCCAAGUUUCCAAUAAUGUACUUUUAAGAUUUGGAUCUAUCUAUCUUUGUAAGAUAUCUCUUUCAUAUAUAUUAAUCAGUAAAGCAACGUAUUGAAACAAAUGGAAUGAAGAACCCAACUUUCAAACUACUAUAUCAUAAAGGGCUAAACCAGAAAUAAUUAGGCAUAGUCAAUCAUUGCUCUUCCUAAAACCAUUGUUACUAGUGAUAUUUUUAGUAGAAGUUAAAAGAGGCUUUGGACCAUGAAAUAAAAUAAAAACAUUUUAACAUUA